UUUAAAAACCACACCGUAACUCCCUUUCCAACGGAGGCAGAAAAGGAGGAGAAACAUGAAGCCCGCUACAAGUUUCUUCUUUCUCUUUUCUCUGGUAGUUAGCCUCUUUCCUCACCCAAACUUUGCCGCCAGUCUAGUAGAACAAGUAUGCGAACGCACUCACAGCAAGGACAACUGCGUUGCAAGUUUUGGGUCGAGCCCAGAUAGCAAACAAGCCAAUCUACAACAACUUGGCAUUAUUGCAUUGAAACUUGCAUCUGAAAACGCAACAGAUACAUCUUUGCAAAUCAAGAAAUUGCUUAGUGACAAAUCUUUGGGUCCUGCAACCGAGCAGGCGCUCACUGAUUGCUAUGAUCAGUAUGUUGAUGCUAAUGCGCAACUUGCUGAUUCUGUUGCUACAUUGUUAGCUAAUGCGAGUCGGGAUGUUUACACUUGGGUUAGUGCGGCCAUCGCUAGCGCUCAAUCCUGCGAGGACGGGCUUAAGCAAAGCGGGGGUCAGGAUUCUGUUCUGAAGCAGAGGAAUGCCAUGUUCCGCCAAUUAUGCAACAAUGUCUUGGCUAUUAAUAAACUCUUGGUUAAACAAUCUGGACGAUGAUUUUCUAAUGCAAUGUCUAUUGCCAUGAAACGUUUAUUACUCAAUUUGUGGCUUCAUAUUUCUAAUAUAAUUAAGUUGUUGAGUUUUGAGCAAUGAAAUAAUUUUGAUACUA